AUGUCAUUUUGGGACAACAACAAGGACACCAUCAAAGCCGGUGGUCUGGCCGCCCUUAAGGGGGCAGGUCAUGCAACAGUGGCAGUGUCUAAGUAUGGCUAUCAUGCUGGCAAAACGGCCUACAAAAACAAUAAGAACAAGAAUUCUGGCCAAUCCGGGAAAGAAGACGAAGAAGGUUCCCAAAGUCCUCCUCCUAUCCCACAGGUCAGAGACCCGCAUUCUUUUCCACCGCCGCCAAAACAUGUUGCCGUUGCUGGUCAACCACAGCCUAAUCAUCCGCAAGAGUAUGUCCAGGUGCCCUCCCAGAUGCCCGCCCAGGCCGUGACCUGCGAACAGCCGCAGGCGGCCCAGUAUUCUACUCAAUUCCAGCAGGCGCCUCUCCAGCAGCAGACCGUCUACGUACCUGUUGCACAGCCUGUCCAGCCCGUCCAGCCCGUCCAACAAUACGCUCCUCAGCAGCAAUAUCAGCCAACCGUGGCAUAUCAGCCGUCGGUGCAAUACCAACCCCAGACGCAGACUUGGCCGAACCAGCCGAACCAGCAACAAGCUUUUGUUCAGCCAGUCCAGCCGGCGAUAAUUCAACAACCAACACCGCCAGCUACGGCGCAAGAACCUAUCCAGGCUGUUUCUCAGCAGCCGACGCAGUACGGGUCAUCCCAGCCAAUGGCUCAACCGGUUCCUUUGUCACAGAAUCCCGUCCAGCAGCCCACCCCCCAGCCCGAACCAGCACCAUCACCGCUUCCAGCUCCAGUGCCCACAAGGGACUAUUCCAGACCUGCCAUAAUCUCUCCUCCUCAGAACUCCGCUCCAUACGCUGCUACACCAACGACCUCAACACCGACUAGCGCUUCUGUUGUGAGCCUGCCUUCUGGCCCGGUGGCAUCGGCGCCGGCACCGGCACCAGUACCAGCAGCAACGCCAGUUCCAACACAGGUGUAUCUUCCAGAAGCCCAGGAACCAGUGGCGCCAGAGAAAAAGAACGGUUUGCCCCCUGUCGAGGAGCCCAAGUUCAAGCAGUCGUUGAUGGAGUUCGACAUAUCCAAAUAUGGUCCUCCUCCUCCCAAAGCUCGCUUGACUGAAGAUGAGCAGCGCAAGAUUGAAAAGGAGCGCGAACUCAAGAAAAGACUGCAGAAAAUGAAGGAAGAGUCGCAGCAGCGCGCAAAAAUGAGCGCGCACCAGAACGCAUCGAUGGUUGCAUCAUCAUCCUCAGCGUCGUCGGUCAUGUCUCCUUCCAGCACGGGCACCAGGCCAGAGCUUCCGUCAAGAGUCAAUUCGGAGCCUACAGAACAGCCCAAGAAAUUUGAGCUCCCUGACAUCUCGAAAUUACAGCCUCCACCUCCUGUUCCCAGAAAAGAGAGCCUUGAUAAAACCGUCAAAACUCCGCCAGCACCAUCCACACGGUAUCCAAAGCCGGCUUCAAGAACGGUUCCUACUCCGCCGCCGACUCUUCCUCGCCCAGAAAUUGGCUCAUCGGCCCCGCCUCCACCAUCCAAACCCACACAUCUAUCUGCAAAAUCCAAGCCCCCGGUUCCUAAAAAGCUGUCGAACUCAGAGGUGGCCGAAGCAAUUGGCUCCAAGCAGAAGCCACCCGUUCCUGCAAAGAAGCCUUCUGUGGGAUCUGCGUCUUCAUCCUCCAACCAUAUACAGGAGCUGCAGUCAAAGCUGGCUGGUAUUCAAUUUAAUAAGUGA